CCCCACCACGAUAGAGAAGAGAGAGAGAGAGAGAGAGAGAGAGACGGUGGAGAUAUUUUCGUGCAGUUCGCGGCGGGGAGAGAGCCAAUUUGAUCUUUCAACCUUAACCGCUAAAUCUAGGAGGCGAUGCCAGAUAUUAUUGUUAGCGAUAAAGAGGGUUCUGCAGGGGGUUAGAAUGGGCGAAGCAGUUGUGAGAGGGAAAGAAGGGAUGGAGAUGGUGGUGUUGCAGGAGGAGGCCGACGCAGGGAGGAUAGAGAAAGCGAAGGAAACUUGCUUGACUGAGGUUGGACGGGAGCGGAUUCUACCGCCGAUAGUUCUUAGGGUUCUUUUGGUAGAAGCCGAUGAUUCCACUCGUCAGAUUAUUGCUGCUCUACUCCGCAAAUGCAGUUAUAGAGUUGCUGCAGUUGCUGAUGGCUUAAAGGCAUGGGAGACAUUAAAAGGGAGACCUCAUGACAUAGACCUUAUAUUAACAGAAGUGGAGUUGCCAUUGAUAUCGGGAUUUGCACUUCUUUCCUUAGUUACAGAGCAUGAAAUUUGCAAAAAAAUUCCUGUUAUAAUGAUGUCCUCACAAGAUUCAGUUAGUGUGGUGUUGAAAUGCAUGCUGAAAGGUGCUGCAGACUUUCUCAUUAAGCCGGUCAGGAGGAAUGAGCUGAGGAAUAUAUGGCAGCAUGUUUGGAGAAGGCACACUCCAACUGGCGGACAUCAUGCUUGUCAAAAGUUAACUGCUGCUCAAGAUGGAGUUGAUGCCACUUCUGAAAAUGAUGCUACAAGCAAUCAUUUGAGUGAUUGUGUGCUUUAUAAACAGAGCAGUAAACAAUGCAGUGAGAAAGGGAGUGAAGUCAAAGGUAUUUCAUUGAGGACAUGUAGGAGCACGUCUAAUUUGAGCAAUAUUGAAAUAGAGAAGCACGGAGAGGGUAGCAAUUUGGAUGAAGAAUCAAUUAUGCUUAGGAGUGAAACUAAAGGAAAAUCAAUUAGGUUAAGACCAGAGGCUGUACCAUGGAAUGAAGCUCAUAAUUUGAUUGCUGUGAGAGUCAAAGAAGACCAUGCCUGUGCCGGAACAAUGAUUCAGAAUGAACUUAUGGGACAAGACACUGAUGGAGAAAUCACUGCUGAGACUCAUGGAUGCAAUAAUCAACCAGUUGAACCUUCCAGAGAAGCCAUUGACUUCAUAGGCAGAUUUGAAAAUCGCUCAAAGUUCUCCCCUGAACACACUAAUUCUGAUGAUGGCGCAAAUAAUUUUGGUUGGGCUCUGCAACUGGGUCCUACUUUGAGAAAUUAUUAUCCCAAUGGCUCAAAGGACCAAGGUAUUGAUGAAAGGCAAACAUUAAACCGUUCUGAUGUCCCUUCCUUUUCAUGGUAUAAUAGUAAGACAUUGGAACCACUUUUUCCAACUUUGGCUGGUAAUUGUGCUGAUCUGCAUGAGGAUGUGAGUAAAUCCGAUAUACUAUCGUCCAAUCAAUUUUCUGAAAAUACUGUUGCUAGUUCUCAAUGGUAUAGGGCCACAUCAAGUAACAGCCAGGAAAAUAUGAAUUCGUUUCCAAUGAGUUCCUUGAUUCAUUCAAAUCCUGAAAUUCCCAACUUGGAACAAGGUUACUGCUCAUUUGAUGAUGCUACCAACAAUUAUGCUGAAAAAACUAUGCACAAGGAGAAAAUUAUUGUAUUUACCGAGAAAGUGAAACAUGGUUCAGAUGCUGCACCUCAGAGUGGCAGUAGCAGUUUAUGUAAUAGUGUUGGUGGUCAUCAUAACAGCAGUUUGUGCGGAAGCAUUUGCAAUGGGAGUGAUGGUAGUGCCAUUUUAGGGACAGAAAAUGGAAGGAUUACCGCACCUGAAACUUCUGGUGAUGAAGUUAUCAAUCAUGACGAAAUCAAAGAAAUGGGUUUUCAUCGCUCCUCCCAAAGGGAAGCCGCUCUUGCAAAAUUUCGAUUGAAGCGAAAAGAUCGAUGCUAUGAGAAAAAGGUUCGAUAUCAAAGCAGGAAAAGAUUAGCAGAUCAACGCCCUCGAGUGAAAGGACAGUUUGUACGUCAAGUUGAGACCCAACUCCCCACUUGCUGAUGAUUGCAGAUCAACGCCCUCGAAUGGAAGGACAGUUUGUAGGUCAAGUUGAGACCCAACUCCCCACUUGCUGAUGAUUGGUGAUUGCUCACAUUCGAGUUUCUAGCAGCCAGCCACCAGCCUCCCAUCCAGGCUACUGUGCAUAUUGUGUAUAUCUUGAGAGAAACUUUUAGUAUGAAGCUUCAGCAUGAAAGAGUGCUGGAAUGGUGACACAGUCGCACAAAAUCUUUGAAUGUUUGCAGGCCUUCUUUUUGACCUUUUUAUUUUCCAAAAAUGCUUGGGUUGCAAGUUGUUUUUCUCUCGGGUAUGUAUUAAUGUACUUUGUUAACGUAUAUACGACUCAAAGGCACAUCUCUUUUCUUAAUUAAUUCACUAUUAAAAUA